AUGAAGUACGUGACACUGCGAUCUGACUUUGCGGAUCACGGCGAGUAUCGUCUGCUGGCGGUAGACCCACAGUGUGCGCAGGAGCUGAGGGAGAAGGUCACAGCACGCACACUAGAGAGAAGUGGGGAGAGUGGUUCUCUUAGGGAAAAUAGCGGGGAUUUUAAUUAUCCUCAAGAAGAUGACAGGACGCUAUUGAUGAUAAAAGGAAAAGAUCAACUGCUUCUUUGCAAUGGUACACAAACAUUUCGUGUGCGACGUGUAGAAUAUUCUAAUAUGCUCCUUCUCGCUGAAGAACAUCCAAUGUCUGAAAGCGAAGCUGAAGCUUUUGCACAUACCUCGCGCACAAUAAACUGUACCGCAGGGUCAUCUGAGUUGAAGGAUAAAAAGAAGCAUGUAGUAGUAUGUGCAGCGGAGCGUAUAUUUGAGGCAAGACCCGCCCGGGCGUACCGUGAUGCGUUCUUGUUACUAGAGAAGGAUCCCAUUACUAUUGAAGAACUUGAAGCUGAUGUAAACAACAGCAUAGAUGAGGAAAACUUCCUGCAGGACACUGCUGCUGCUGCUGCUUCUGUAGUAGCAUCGCCAGUCGUCAGGAAUAAAAAUAGCGGCAAAAAUCAUCACAGACAUUACACCUUUCCGGAACUCGUAGCUCUUAGUCGCUGCAGUGCACGCGAGUUGGCGGAUAUGCUUUCAGAUGCCGGAGCUGUUGUCCACUGUGGCUGUGUUCGCCUGCUGGACCCGUCACUCCUGCGUGAGGCGCUGCAGGCGGUGCUGUUCUUCUUCGAGGGCGCCGAGUGCGCCACGUGGGAGGCGGCCGAGUCACAUUUGUGCCCCGCCGUCUACACCGCCGUUGUCCUCCACGCCGUGCGGGCGGUCUUCGGGAGGCGGGAUCCGCCGGCCCCGGGCGAGACCGCAGCGGCCGCCCUCCUCAACGCACGGAAAGUACUGCAGGCCCUCGCCGCCGCGACAAUACUCACGGAUGCGGACACGACGGCUGUAACGACAGAUGAUGGGGGAGAUGAUAGUGCGGAGGAGGGGGAGGUGCGGUCCUUUCCUUCACUUGAGUUUGAGCGCUUUUACAACGCUUGGGUCGAUCGCAUUCCGGCGUCCUUCUUUGCGUGCGGCGCCGCCCCGCCACGCGCAAACCCACCGGCCCUCCUCGCGCUACUGCACGGCGCUGUCAUUGUCUCUGGCGAGCCCCGCCAUCUCAACAGCAACGCUAACGGCAGUGUUGGUGUUAGUGUUAAUGUUGGUUCAGCAUCAGUUGUGUGGGCACCGCACGAGUCGCUGCCGGCCGAACUCUCCCGACGCAUUCGGCGUCUCUUCGCGUUGCGUAGCGGUCGCUGGGAAGCGGCGGCGCUGCGGGCGUACGUGGAACCGCUGCUUGACCCCAGCGAUACAUUCGAGCACGUUGUGCUGCGAUACGCAAAAGAAUACCGCACCCCGCAGCAACCCGUCACAUAUGGCAGUCUUGCCUGA